GUCGAUACACUCUGCAUUAAUCAGCGUGAUAUUCUUGAGCGAAACCACCAGGUUGAUAUAAUGAAAGAAAUAUAUCGAGGAGAAAACCCCGUGAUAUCCUGGUUGGGACCAAGCUCUCACCACAGCCCGAGCAUUAUGGCUCUUGUGAAUCAGGUUCAUCCUGUAGACAAUUCCAGUCGGAAACGAGAGAUGAUUCUUCUUGCUUUGAGGUACAGCAAGUUUAACUUCCUUCGGGCUUACACCUCCAUCUUGCAACGCGCGUAUUGGUACCGCACCUGGAUUAUUCAAGAGGUUUUCUCGGCCACGAGAUUGUUUAUGCAAUGCGGUUCCGAUAUCGUUCCCUGGCAGGCCCUCGUUAGCUUUCAGCAAUUUCGUACAGCCGAAUGUUAUGACGAAGUAUAA